AUGGAUAUGGAUGCGCCUCCUCCACCUCCACCACCACCUCCUCUUCUAGGCGCGACUGAUCCUCGCUUAUCCAACCAACCUCCUCGUUCUUCCAUUAAUGCCUCACUCCCUCCUCGUUCUUCCAUUAAUGCCUCACUCCCUCCUCGUUCUUCUGUCAAUAUCUCGCUACCUCCUCAUUCGUCUUCAAAUCCCAUUCCAACUUCGUCCACAAAUCUUUCACUCCCAACCCCGCCCAGCACCUCACGAGCGAAGUCUAGUCAUGACAUCCCUCAAGCUAAGGCAGGGGGCUCUGAAGCGUCGGGGCCUCAAGAUUCCCCCAUGGUGGAUGCGGAUUCAAGCAAUAUCCUGACAAUAUUGGCCAAGUUCAACGAGUCCCACUUCAAUAUCCUCAAUCAGCAAAAUGAAAAGAAGCGGCUGGAAGAUAUUGCCGCCCAAAACAAGCGAGACGUUGAGCGGGCGAAGAUAAUGAGAAUGUAUCCUGCCACGGCCGAGAUGUACCAGCAAAUGAAGGAGAGAAGCGACAACGAUAUCAGCAGGCUGAAUAAGUCUCUGAACCAGCAUCAGGCCAUGUGUCAGCAAAUCACCGCUGAGUUUGCGAAGCAUCAGAAUCUUCUCUUGCCCCCGGCCAUACCCAAACCUGUUGAGCAUGUGCAGUCUCCUCAGCCCUCUGUGUUCGAAAUUGAGAGGGUCAAUAGGCUAGAAGCAGAGCUUAUAAAGCUUAAAGAAGCCAAGUCGGUCACACAGACCAGUACCGACAUGCCUACCAAAAUUCAAAAUUCUAUUGUGGAGCAUUCCACCAGGAUUUCCCGAAUGCUGAAAGACAUCGGUGAACUCUCAACUUGGCGAAAUGAGAUCAGAGACGGGAAAACAAAAUUGCCCCUAGAGACUAUGCCCCUGGAAGUGGAAACUUUGGCAGGGGAGGUGAUCACGAUUAAGGAAAGGGUGGAAAUGAUCCACCCCGACUUAGAGCGAUCUCUUGCAGUUGUCGCGGAGGUGCCGGUAUUGCAAGCGCGCUUUGACCUCGCCCAAGAGCAACAAUCCACCUUCAUCGCAACGAUUGAUUCGGCUCUCAAAACCGUCAAAGCCAGUGAAGCUGAAAUAAGUGGUCUUGAAACCAAGAUCGCUAAUACCGAAACAAUGACCAUUGAGCUAAAAGAGAGAUUUGGUAAUAUGGAAAUUCAAAGAGCGGAAAUUUCGCAAAAUGCUGCAGGCAGCCAUCAGAGUUCUGAUCAAGGGACAGACAAAUGGGCCGACCGUGUUGUGGCCCUUGAGACUGCCCACUCAGAUGUGAAUGCUAAAAUGAAAGCAUUACUGUCACAGGGGGCUGUCUGGACCGAAGCAUGUAAUUCGCUGAACCUUGUUUUGAAAAAGCUCGAGUCAAAGCAAGACUCUUUCAAGGUGGCACUCCGGUCCAUCGAAAUGCGAUACGAAAACAUCAACACGGAGAGCCUAGUCAAACAGAUGACUCAUGCUAUAUGUGAGAUGUAUCCCACCUUGCCCCAGAUAGCGGAGCAAGUCAAGAACCUGAAAUCCGAAUUCAGCUCUAAUAUCCGAUCCUUGGCGGAUCGAAUCGACAAGUUGGAUGUGAAUGUCUCGUCAAUGCCUAAUAGCCUACUAGUCAAGGCGAAGGAUGCUGUCAAGGAUCAGCUCCAACCGUUUGAGCGUCAGUUCAGUGAGUUGGUAAAGCUCGAUCAUGGUCUUACGGAUAAACUUUUAUCUGUUGAGGAUCGGAUUGACAAGUUGACAAGCAAUAUUGCCUCAAUGCCUGAUGAUGUACUGGCCAGAGCGAAGGAUGAUGUUAAGGAUCAAAUCCAAUCUUUUGAGCGUCAGUUCAAUGGAAUGUCAAUUCCUGAUAAGCUGAUGGAGGUCAUGGAUGCUAUUAAAGAAAUAGAGCAAGUCCAAGGAUCGCAUUCCGAUAGGAUAUCCAGAAAUCUUCAGAAUGUCAAUGAUUUGCAGGAAAGCUCGAACUCGCUUUCAACCGCUUUUCAGGAGUUGGCCGACGAUCAUUCAGACGACGUCAAAAAACUGACUGACACAUGCGACCAAUUGUCUUUUGAAUCAAAAACCCAGGCAGAAACUCAACACUCACGAUAUGAGAUUCUAACAGGGCAAAUUGAAUCAUUCAAGGUCUCCCUUGAAGAGCUUCAGAUUUGGGCAAAUAAAAUGAAAGUACUGGAGCCGGUAGAGGACAUUGUCAACAUUUGUGGAGCAUUCGGUUCACCGGAGAGCAUAGAGUCGAUGCGCAAACGACUGGAUGGCCAGGAAAACGUUUUUGCUGUAAUCGAUCAGCUGGAAGCACUGGCAACCCAACACUCCGAACAAUUUGACCGUCUCAGGAACAUGACAGAAAAAUUGACCGAGGAAGCGCAGCCGCUACAAAACAGUGAAGCAGCUCACCCAGUAGGUGUGGUCGACGGCGAAAGUUCAACACGUGAGCUGCACAUUCGAGGUAGCUCCACUCUGGCAGACGUGUCAAAUCUCAUCGAGCUCUCAAAUGAUUCAAAUGGCAUGCGGGAUCACAAUCAGCCUCUCCAAACGAUAGGCUCUGGGGAUGAAUGCGAGACGUUGGCUGCCUCCUCAGUUGUGGCUGGUUCUCGUACCCCAUUGCCUCUUUCCGCCGGCCCCUCUGAGCCAUCAAAAAAGAGAAAAAAGAAUCGCAAGCAGGACGGCAAGCGCCUUCGACAAUCGACAGGCUCUGAGGAUGAAUCCUCCUCGGUUGUAACUGGUAGUGGUACCCCGGUGCCGUCAUCCUCCGGCCCCUCUGGGCCGCCCAAGAAGAAGCCCAAGACCCUCAAGCAAGAUAGCAAGCGCGAGCCUGGCGAGACCUCGACCGCCUCCACGGCCUCGGCUGCCAAGGGUCCCUCAAUAAAUGCAAUCCUCUCUUCUGCCUCGUCAACGAAAAGGAGCAAAAGGUCGAAGAAGAAGGAGAAGGAGAAGGAAACGAAGUGA